UGUGACAUUAGCAACACGCUGAGGUAGAGACGACCUUUGCUUUUAAAUCGUUGGCUCAUUGGUCGAUUGGAUCAAUACAUUUAAUCGGAACGUUACAGUUUGUUGGAGGCCAAUUAAGUCGCAAGUCUGUACGCAUCUGAUAGGGGGGGGGUUGACCCUAAAGACCAUUCCAGCCAACUGAUCGAGUUGCACAUUACAGUUUAUUUAUCCCCUGGACUAAACUUGUUACCUGUUUAUGUCGUGUUCACAGAUUGCAGUAGAGUGCACUAAAGAACGGUUUAGCCUCGUAUAUCCCCAUCCUAACGUUUUUUAUCAUUGCAGGUACAUAUUUUUUAGUCGAGGCAAUGCAUUUGCAAUAUAUCGAUACUUUCUAUCCUGGUGUUUGGAUGCAUCUCAGUGGGCUUUAUUAGGCACAGCUGUAUGUUAUAUAAUAUUGGCAUGUAAUGCGGUGUGCAUAUCUAGACGAAAUGGGGAAUCAAACAACGAAAGUAAGUAUUACAAAUCAAUAAAGCUGAAUUGUGAGGGCGAUCCAAUAUAUUAAUGUGCAAACCAAUUCAAUGUCAUAGAGAACAUGUCUGACAAGAAUGUUGUCUAUCAAACGUAGAUCAUUAGUUCCAUUGACAAAAUCAUCAUUAAGUACUUUAAGACUACAAUCUAAGCUACGAGUCUCAAAGUUAUAGACAAACUGGUCAAAUUUACGGUAGUGCCUCUUGAAUUUUUUUAAAUAAAAUUCAUUCAUCCAUUUGGCUGGAAAGCAUUCUUGUAUUACAGUUCGUAAUGAAAACACUAAAUUUAACUCUAAAUUCUGAUCCUAAACUCUAGUCGUAUGAUUAUAAAUCACUCUUUCAUAUAUGCUGUUUCUGAUUGUCUGAACGGGUCAAUAUUUAUCAAGGUCAUUUUAUGUUAUUCGAGCUCACCCUUAUAAUUCAGCUUGACCAUAAGAUUUAAUCGAGUAAAUUACGGGGAUUAAUUCUUUGAUGUGAAUAUAGUUUUCAUCAUGGAUACCAACCCCAUUAAUGGUACUACUGGACAUUUGUUUCGUACGAUUUUGGGUUUCCUCAGCCAAAAGCCCAGAUCCUUGGCCAUACUAGGGGUUGAACUUAGACUCUUCAAUUCAUUCAACAUCAUCAUCACUUCUUUACCUUUCUGAGUUAACAAACAAUAGUUCUCAUUUCCAAA